AUACGAAGAAGUGUGUUUGUUUUAAAGCUAACAGGCUUGAAAUAUACCAGGCUAUUUGGUUUAAUGCCCUAACCUAUUUUAAGAAUAUUCUCCUCAACUUUUCAUCCCUUCUCCUGAUUUCUCCUUAAAUUUAUAUAUUGGGUAGUUAUAUUGUUUGCAUAGUACUUUUUUUUUUUUAAUAAUAUGUAAAAUCAACCAUGCAGGGAUCAGAUACAUGAUAGGAAGGGCAUGUAGUAUUGGGGCUGUUAGUUUAUUGCCCACCUUUUCUUAUUCUGCAGGCUCAUGGUAGGAAUUCUUUUGGUGUUUGGAUACUGCUAAUAAUUCCAGGGAACCAAUCAAUAAUCCAUGUACAGAAGUUACCUUGGUUUUGAAGCCCACAAAGUGUAUAUAACAAAAACUAGAUCUGUUGCUCAGCCCAAUCUGUGGAAUUGUAUCUUUCCCUUGUUCCCCUCCUUUCCUUGUCUUCUUUAUAGUAGUUUUAUAUUACAGACAUACCAAUGUCUGUAACAUAUAGAUCACUAACUACAAAAACUUCACUAGUUUACAUUUCCACCUUUAUAAAGGUGGAAAUACACAGAAAUGGAGACCUAACAGACACUUAGCUACUGACAAAAAGAAUGGCCAGAGAACUAUUUGGGAGACAGUCUCCGGACCAGUCCUCUUACUCUGGGUGCAGAAACCAGAAAGUGUAGCUAAUCCUUAAAUGGCACACAGAUGUAAUCUUGUAAUCUGUCUAAUAGACCAUUAGGUGAUGAGGUUUACUAAAGCCCCCCUCACUGUAAUUUAGUGACACAUUUAGUAUGUUUAUUCAGUCAUCACAUGGCCAGUAUCCUGAUGCUUUCUUGUGUAGACCUUUUGGUUUAAGGACACCACUUGCAGUAAAUGUUUGCUUUGUUUUUCUUUUGGUGAGGGGUAGGGGUAGAAGGUGAUCUUGCUGUGACAUCUAUGUGCCAUUUAGGGGUUAGCUACACUUUCUGGUUUCUGCACGCAGAGUAAGAGGACUGGCCCGGAGUCUGUCUCCCAAAUAGUUCUCUGGCCAUUCCUUUUGUCAGUAGCUAAGUGUCUGUUAGUCUCCAUUUCUGUGUAUUUCCACUUUUAUAAAGGUGGACAUGUAAACUAGUGAAGUUUUCAUUACUUAGUAGUUAGUGACCUGUGUGUAUUUGAUGUUAUUCUUUAGGCAGUGAAGAAGGGUUGAAUAGUCUCAGUGCAUAAGCUAAUUUUUAAUAAUCUGUUUGAAAAAUAGCUUACUGUACCUAUUCUCUCAUAGAGAGAAAAUGAGUUGUUUGAAUUGGCCAGUUACUUGAUAAAGCAUUUCUGACAUUCAGAAUGUGUCCAAUCUUAAAGUUUGUUUCUAAACAUCAAGUUGAAAGUAGCUUCCUAUAGGAGGCUCGUGUAUUUGACCCUUCAGCAAAUACCUGGUAAUGGUUCUGAGAUUAGUGGUUCACAGAAGGCUAUGUAUGUGUUUACGGGAAUGGGGACGCUCUAUACUAAUUCAACUUUUUAAUUUCCAUGGGUUGUUUUGCCUUAGUUUCAUUAGUCCAUUCAUUUAUUAACUAGAUUUUUUUUUAGCUUUUUGGAAAGAACGUGUUCAUGUUGCAAAAUACAGCUGAAAACUACACUUUAAUUUUGUUUCUGAUUUCUUUACACAGCAAAUUGCACAAAGUUUAAAAGAUGAACAGAAGAAGGUACCUUCGGAAGCUUCGUUUUCAGAUGUUCAGUUAGAGGAAACAGAGUCUAAUAAUCUAACAAAAUCUGGUUCAACAGAAUCCCUCAAUCCUAGACCACAGACGACAAUUUCUCCAGCAGAUCUUCAUGGAAUGUGGUAUCCUACAGUUCGAAGAACUCUUGUGUGUCUCUCCAAAUUGUACAGAUGCAUAGAUAGGGCAGUGUUCCAAGGAUUGUCCCAGGAAGCCUUGUCUGCCUGCAUUCAGUCACUACUUGGAGCAUCAGAGUCUAUCAGCAAAAACAAGACUCAGAUUGAUGGACAACUUUUCUUAAUUAAGCACCUUUUGAUCCUUCGUGAACAGAUUGCUCCAUUUCAUACCGAAUUCACCAUUAAGGAAAUUUCCCUGGACCUCAAGAAAACUAGAGAUGCAGCGUUUAAAAUCCUGAACCCUAUGACUGUCCCAAGAUUUUUUAGGCUGAAUAGCAACAACGCCUUGAUAGAGUUCUUGUUGGAGGGUACUCCUGAGAUAAGAGAACAUUAUCUUGACUCUAAAAAAGAUGUAGACCGUCAUCUGAAAUCGGCCUGUGAGCAGUUUAUUCAGCAGCAGACCAAGCAGUUUGUAGAGCAGCUGGAGGAGUUCAUGACAAAGGUUUCAGCAUUAAAGACGAUGGCCAGUCAGGGAGGACCCAAGUAUACUCUUUCACAGCAGCCUUGGGCCCAGCCAGCAAAGGUCUGUGAGCUUGUAGCAAGUGCCUACAAGACAAUAAAAGCGAAGCUGCCUCUGACCUUGAGAAGUAUGUCGUUGUACCUAUCCAAUAAAGAUACAGAGUUCAUCCUGUUUAAACCUGUUAGGAAUAAUAUUCAGCAAGUUUUCCAGAAAUUCCAUGUUUUGCUGAAGGAAGAUUUUAGCCCUGAAGAUACCCAGAUCAUUGCUUGUCCUUCUAUGGAACAGCUGAACCUUCUACUGUCCGUUUCUAAAUAACCAGCCCGGCGGGCCGUGCGUGCCGCUGUCUGUCCUGUUGGAGCGGGCUGGGAAGUCUGGCAGCCUGCAGGACACUGAGGAACUGUCUGUGGGAAUGUCCCCGAGAACCACGCAGGUGCGCUGCUCAGUGCUGACUACAGAAUGAAAAAUAAGCAGAGUGUUGGAAAGACUGGUGUUUCCCUUUUAAAAACAUCACAAUGCCAAAGAUUAA